AGCUGCACCCACGAUACCAUGGCCGUCAUAUACCACGAUUCGUUGGAGUGCUUGGUAUGCAGACGGCGGCCCCCGCAAGGAUUCCUCUACCGCUGUACCGUAGACAGAGAACCGCUGAUCCUUGACGCGGCAUCGAGAGGUUACUCGGCUGCUUUCGACAAGUGCGGAAUGGCCUUCGCCGGAGAGAUGACGCUUGGAAAGUUUGGCGCUGAUGCGCGGAGCAACCCGCACAACCUCUUCAACGAACUCACUCCCGAGCAGCUGGCCUCAUAUACGCCGGAGCAGCUUGCCAUCCUGGUAUCACAACGCGAGAACGUGAGCCCCCGUCUCCGCGGCCGUUUCAUUGCCGAAACUUUGGUUCUGAUGUCGUUCCCAGACGACGACGAAGACGACGACAAGCCGUGGGUGCCCGAUUGGCGGUUCGAGUGCCAGUACAGGGUCUGCCAUCGCUGCCGUCCCGACUCGAGACAGAAAUCCUGGCUCAGCCUUGACGCGGUCUUGAACGGCGACAUCUUGCCAACCGUGGCCACUGGCUUCUCCUUCAGCCUCCAGGGUUUCAGACCAUGCGGGGACGUAAAUGUGGUCAAAACCCUCGGCUGCCGUGCCAUCCCUCUGGUA